UCAUGAGCCAACCUGGGACACUGAAGAAGAGCCUGCCUGGAAUGGUAAGAGGACCAAGCUGCCUAGCCAAUCAAAGGCCUCAGAAGCAGGGGGCAGGCCCAUUCCAUGAAAGCAUCCAACCUGAUAUGAACAGCGCCCCCCAACAGCAGCAGAAAUGAAAUUUAACCUGAAUUUAAAAUAUACCAGGUACAAAACCAUGGCCAAGAGGAUCGCGGAGAAGGAGCUGACAGACCGGAACUGGGACCAGGAGGAUGACGCGGAGGAGGUGGGCACGUUCUCGGUGGCCAGCGAGGAGGUCUUGAAGAACAGAGCCAUCAAGAAGGCGAAGCGCCGGGCCGCGGUCCCCGAGUGUGAAAGCGGAGGAGCUUUUAAAGGGUUCAAAGGCUUGGUCUUACCUCCGGGAGGAGGAGGAGGGCUCUCUGGCUUCGGCAAUGGCACCAGCAUCAAGACUCUGGAAGGCCUGUCCAACGGCAGCAGCAUGGCUUCUGUGCCCACCCUGGCCCUCACCAAGGCCGCAGUAGAAAAGAAGGUGGUCUUUGGCCGUGGCACAGUCAAUGGCCCGACGGCUUCCUUGGGGGCAGACAAGAAGGCCGCUGACCUCAAGACCAACGGGGACAGCCAGCAGCCUUCCUCGUCCUCCAGCCACAGCACCCAGGGCAAGGCCUGUAGCGCCAGUGCCUACCAUCGACAGCUCGCCGCCUUAAACUGCUCCGUGCGCGACUGGAUCGUCAAGCACGUGGACACCAACCCCCUCUGCGACCUGACUCCCAUCUUCAAAGACUACGAGAGAUACCUCACGAGCAUCGAGCAGAUGCCCGGCAACAGCAGCGACAGCAGCUCAGAGAGAGAAGCCGGCCGGCAGCCGUUCGGGACUGUGCCUGGGCCCGCUGUCCUGGGGCCAUCCCAGAAAGCCCAAGACUCCCCCUUUCUGUUUCACCCAGACAAAGCCGAGGGGGCAGCGGAGAAGCGCACCGAAGCAUCAGUGGAGAAGAAACUGACCCCGGCCCUGGCGGCGGCAUCUGCCGCCUCCUUUCACUUUGGCCGGAAGGUCGACAGCUCAGCCCUGGGCCCCCUGGGCUCUGGCCCAAUGGCAAACUUCUCCUUCUCUCCAGGAAAUGCAGGCAUUUUUGGCAAAGACGUGACUCAGGCGAGCCCCGUCUCCUUCUCCCCCAAAAUGCCAGAGGGCCACACAGAUGCAACAGCUGGCGACAGCAAAGGUGCUGAAGAGGAAGAGAGUGAGGAGCCCCCUAAAGUGAUCGUGACAGAAGUCAAAGAGGAGGAUGCUUUUUACUCCAAGAAGUGGUCUCUAGCCUCCUCUCCUGUUUCUUGUCUCCACUGAGCUUCUCUCAAACGGGCUCUCCUGUGAAUUCCUCCUUGAUCUCUGUCCCGUCCGGCCACGGCCUCCUCCCACCACAGAGGUCGGCUUUCCCGGCUGAGGGCGCGUGACCCGCAGCUGAGCGCCCUGGGCCUCCUUCCCAGCCUCUGCUGAAGUUCCUCUCCCGGGACGUCCAGCCGUCUCUGCUGCUGCUCUCGCCGGUUUCAGCUCUUCUCUGAGGCGAUUUUCUCCCUGCCCAUUUGGGUCUAAGCUCACAGCGGCGGGCCUGGGCAGCGCACUCGAUCGGCCGCAAGCCGGACCUCUGUAUACCCCCCUGAGAGCCACAGCUCGGAAACGCGUCUGGGGUCUGGGUGGCCCCGUCUUGUUGGGCUCCUUGCCCAGUGUGUCCCAUUCUCGAGACUCGCACCUUUGCUGCUGCCCCUCGUGCACGUCUCCAGUUCAUUGAUGUGGCUUCUCUUGGUGGUGGUGGUACCUACACACAUCUCCAGUCGCACAAGCAUCAAGAUAGCCCUUGAGGGGAAGGGCUGCACUGCCGACCUGUCACCCUGGCCCGUUCUGAGCCAGACCUGACACCUCAGAGUCCCCGGCCUCACGCUGGAAGGGGCCCACAAGGCUGGCCGAGGGGAGGCCACGGCCGUGAGGAAAACCUCGGCCACUGCGCCAGCCUCCCGUGACGUGGAGGCGGCUGGGUCCUCGGUGCCCUGAGCCUCGGCGCCAGCACCAAGGACAGAAGUGGAGACAGGGAUCAGCAGGAAGCCUCUUGGCGGCCCCUCGAGGUCCGUUGUCCCGAGUCACCAGAAGCAGUUUGGGGACAGCGAGGUCUAGGGGCUCCUUGAGGUGGCUUAGUGACCGCUCCCUGUAGGACACAGGCAGAAAGGCCGAGUGCCAGGGGCCCAGAGCCCACUGUGGCCGCCCAGGAGUGGUCCUGCAGGGUCAGCGGGAGGCAGCAGUGAAGAAGCCAUCGGGCAAGAGGCCCAGGGUGAGGAUGGGGCCGGGGCCGCCGAGCAGGCCCUGAAAGAAGAAGGUGGCCAGACCCGGUCGGCCUCGGCCUUGGCCUUCGUGCUCCCAGGGACCUCCCUCCACUUGGACCACCGAGCUCUCCCAGAUCAUGCUUUUUAUUGACUUUCU